GAAUCUCGCCCUCCUUUCCUGCGCCAACAGCGGUGUGUCAACCCAGCGAGGCCCGGCUACCUGCCGCCGGAGAGACCCGGAGACCCGAACGGUAUCGCAGCAGGGCUUAGGGGGCUUCCUCCCCCGGACAACAUUAACCCCUGGUAACUGUUCAAACUGGUACCCUGCUCUCCUGAUGUCGGACUUCAAGCUCGGGAUUGUUCGGCUCGGCCGUGUGGCCGGGAAGACAAAAUACACGCUGAUUGAUGAGCAGGACAUCCCGCUUGUGGAGAACUAUGCCUUUGAGGCACGCAUGGAAGUCGACGCCGAUGGCAACGGUGCCAAGAUCUUUGCCUACGCUUUUGAUAUCGGCAAAGGCCGCUGGGCGGGGAGGCCGCUGCACGAGCUUCUCUGGGAGAAGCACCGAGGAGGGAUCGCCCCGAGUUUUCAAGUGAUCCACAUCAACUCUGUGACGGUUGACAACCGGCUAGACAACCUACGACUGGUGCCUGUCGGUUGGAGCCCUAAGCCGGAGGAGAUUUCCAGCAAACAAAGGGAGCAGUCACUGUACUGGCUGGCCAUCCAGCAGGUUCCGGCCGACCCGGUGGAGGAGCAGUACCUGGAGCUGAGCCGCACACGGUACUAUAACGCCAACGGCGAGCUGGUGGAGGAAGAGGAGUGCUCAUGCACGUACUACGAGUGUCACUACCCGCCAUGUUCACUCAUUGAGAGGCGGCUUCGCGAGUUCAACAUCUGCGGCCGAUGCCAGGUGGCGCGCUACUGCGGCUCCCAGUGCCAGCAGAGGGACUGGCCCGCCCACAAGAAGCAGUGUCGAGAGCGCAAGCGGGUGCUGGCCCUGGAGUCGGAGCCCGAGCGGUGAUCUUCCUGUUGCCUCGGAAGGGAAGCGGCGGUGGCAGAAAAAAGGGGGUCUUGAUAUGCGGGUUAGAGCAAGAGACAACCACAAGACAGGAUGAUGUCACUUGCCUGACUGAUGGGAUUUGGGAGUAAAUGAGGGGGGCUCUCAGACGGACAUCCGCCACUUCCCAGAACAAUUAAUUCUCCAUGGCUUGCUUCUCACGUGGACGACAGGAACUUUUUUUUUUGUUGUUUUGUUUUGUUUCUUGGGGUGGGGGCGUCGACCUGCUGCUGCUAAUCGUUUCAAGAGGUAACGACUUGUCUUGCCGACCAACUGGACUAUAGCUUCUUUUGGAUCGCACAGACAUCCUCAUCCGGUUCUGAACCUCCACACAGCCAAGGAGGAGGAUUCCUCUGCUAAACGGGUCGAACCCCUGGGGGACGCUGCAACCGGACCUUGUCACUGUACUUCCAGUGGUGCGCGCGGCGGCCAUUGACACCUUAGACCACGCCCUCCUCAUACAACCCUCCUGUCUGCUGUUGCUGCCACCACCCCAUAAGAAUGGAUCACACUAACAGUAUUUUGUGUGUGCGUGCUCAUGUAUGUUCUGCCAAGGAUGAGUGAAUGUGUCUUCUUAAAGGGGCCAUAUUCCAGUUGAAAUUUUAUAUUUAAUACUUAGUCACUGUUUUGUAGUAAAGUAGCUGAAUUGUGGCAUUUUUUUUCUUUUUUUUUUUUUUUUCUUGAUUCAAAGUUUCCAAACAAAAUCCAAAAUUCUCCACUCGUGGCAAUAUUGGUACUUUUUUUUUCCCCCUAACUCAUGAUGCCACUUAUUAAUCAUCACUGAAGAAAGCAACUCAAGAAAUUCCCUCCAUUUUCAAUUAUUUUUGUGGACGUGGACUUCCUGUUGAGUGUGUGUUUCUUGGGGGGGGUUAUUUUUCUGAAGAAAUUCUAUCAAUGGAGCUAUAUUUAUUUAAAAUAUUGAUUGUGAAAACCUAUUUAGUCCUGAUAUUUGAAGGCAAAACUGAAGCGGACGGUAUGGGACCUUUUCUGCUUUUUUUAUUUUUUAUUUUAAUUAUUACUUUGGGUUAGGGGUUUACUACUUGAUUAUGUCUGUUCAGUCGCGCCCUUCAAGGUUUUUUUAUGCUCGCUGUCACUGAAAUCUUCCACUUGUCCUCCAACUUUAAAACUUGAAUCCCUACCCCCACCCCUCCCAGCCUCUUGCUUAUAUUUUAUUUCAGAGACUAUUUUUAAUUGGGAACUGUGUCAACUUUGCCUUCCACCUUCUAUUCGCGAUACUCGGCGUGUCCUCGCUGAGUCCAGACACUUUUGGAGCAUGUAUGUCCCCACAUUUACAUGCGACUUGAUUUGGUGUGUGUGUGUGUGUGUGUGCGUGCGUGCGUGUGUGCGUGUGCGUGUGUCUGAAAGAGAGAAACAGGUUUUCACCACUGCACUAAAAAGUUGGCUCCCAUGUUAGCACAUUUGUCGUUGCUGGGGUUUUAUUUGGACAUUGUGUCUGAAUUUUGUGUUUCUUUUGUUUCGGUUGGUUUUGUAAGAAUAUAAACAUGAAUCACUUAGAAAUAAAGAGCUACAAUAUGUGAAUAGAGUUGAGGGGGGGGACAACACAAUUGCUUUUCCAAUGUAAAAUGUU